UGCCCGUUUGGAUUUGGACCGGAACUCAAAGGAUGUUAUUAAAUUUAUAAAAAUCUCGUCCCCAGCUUCAUUUCAAGUCCGACUCUUUUACACUCCCUCUUUUCGCUCGCUCGACCCUCCGUCGUGCCUCCACUGAUCCACUCCCAGCUUUCAUAAAUCCCUUCUCACGCUGCCAAUUCGCAUUCCCCUGCCCGGAUUCGUUCGCUUUUCGUGAAGAUUCUCGGAGAAACGAGCUCCAUGCUGCCGGAUCUCGCCGUUAUUGAUAGGAUUUCGCUCUAAUUUGGGAAGUAUAAUCCACUGUUCCAGGUUUUCUUUAUUUUGGUGAUUUUUGGGGAUUUUUGCGGUGGAGAGAGGCGCUGGCCAGCUGGCCAUGGAGUAUGAUCCGAUCGAUAGCAGCGGAACCGAUGAUGAUCUUCCACCAUCACAUCAGAAUAGGCUUGCGCGAGGAGUGCGUGUCAGUGGAAAUGGUAGAGCUGUCGGUGCUGUUGCAUAUCCCAGAGUGCAAAAUGAUAUGGAGACGCAAAUCCAUCGGCUUGAACAAGAAGCAUACAGUUCAGUUCUCCGGGCGUUUAAGGCCCAAUCUGAUGCCAUAACUUGGGAGAAAGAAAGCUUAAUCACUGAACUUAGAAAAGAACUGAGGGUAUCUGAUGAGGAGCACAGAGAACUUUUAACCAGAGUUAAUGCUGAUGACAUUAUUCGAAGGAUAAGGCUUUGGAGGCAAUCAGGAGGGGGGCUUCAAUCUGGUUUGCUUAAUAAUGCCCAACCUGUUCAUGAAUCAAUACCAAGUCCGACAGUCUCUGCAUCUCGCAAGAGACAAAAAAAUUCCCAGUCAAUUCCUUCACUAUCUAUGGGUGCACCAUCCCCUGCAUUGCAUUCGCAACCUCCUGUUGCUUCCAUGCAGCCAUCAUCAUCGGCUGCAAAAAGUGCUGCUGCAAAGAGCAAGAAAAGCAAAAAUCGUUGAAUUUUGCCUUGUUUUCAGGGUCAGGCGUUGCCUAGUGUACCUCUGAUGAAAUCAGCACAGUACCCUUCUACAGGUUCAAGUGGAAGAGUCCAAGCUGCAAACAGAAAUGCACCGAGCGGCUUGAGCAGCUCGCUAAUAGGGCAGAAAGUCAAAACAAGGUGGCCUGAAGAUAAUAACUUUUAUGAAGCUGUUAUAACUGACUAUAAUCCAACUGAAGAUGUGCAUGCACUUGUUUAUGAUAUAAACACUAGUCAUGAGACAUGGGAAUGGGUCAAUCUCAAAGAGAUAUCUGCUGAAGAUAUUCAAUGGGAAGGUGAAGAUCCUGGAAUCUGUCGAGUGGGUCGGAAUGGAGUAGGCCGUGGGAAUAAGAAGCCCACAGGACGAACAGGCCCCAUUCCUGGUGUUGGUAGGGGAAGAGGAACCGUUAAGACACAGUCCAAGAAAGUUCUUCCUCCAUCACAAAAUGGCAUUGUGGACAAGGGCUCUGAUGAGAUUGUACUACUCAAGACAGAUGUUCUUCUAAAUCAGGUGGAGAGAGUUUUUAAUUCUGCCCACCCCGAUCCUCUUGCAAUGGAGAAGGCCAAACAAUCAUUAAAAGAUCAUGAGCAAUCACUGAUGGAGGCAAUUGCCAGGCUUGGGGAUGUAACAGAUGGUGAAAGCGAAGAAGGUGAGCAUCAGUUCUCACAGGGGCAGGACAUGGGAGAUCGUGGAUGGAGGAACCCCCGGCAGUACCCUGGGAACCAGCAUGGUGCUAAUAAUUACCGGGCCAACAUGGUUGGCGGUCAAGGUAGAGAAGGUUCCGAAGGUGACCAAAUGAUAGAUGAUGACCUCUGACACAUCCAGGUUAAACAGAACAAAACCAAAUCCUUGUAAGAGGGCAGCUAGCUAGUCUUCCCUCCCAUGAAAAUCACGUUGCUAAUCUGUUAAUUUCUUUGUCUGGGUGGAUGCCAUUGCUAAUGCUGGCAACGGAGAGAACACGACUCUCUCUGCUCAAAGGCAGCGCCUCUGUUGAUUAGUUUCUCUCCCCACCUGAAAUUUGGUAUAUGCCUAUGCCUGUAAUCUACUUAACCUGUGACCUUCCCGCCCACUCCGUCAAUGUAAAUUGUUGUGAAAUUACCUUAUUUUGGCGAUUGUUUGCUGGAUCUGCAUCCUAGUGCAGCUAUCAGUCCAGAAUAUACAUGUUGAUCAGG